AUGGUUUCUCUCCGUGCCACUCUUCUUUGCCUGAUGGCUACCUCUGGAACCGUGUACGGCGAACGCCUGAGGGCCGUCUGGUCAUCUGGUUCAUUUGCGUCAAUCUCCGGUCCUGACGGUGGCAGUGCCGGGUCUAACUAUGACUCGGGCUUCACAAUCCUCAACAAGGAUGGCAACCCCAUCUACGAAAACGGCUGGCCCGGCGACCAUUCAGCCUGUCAACAAUACGACGGCCGCGAGUGGACUAUGGAGGGCGCCUGCUGGAAUAAAGCACUCAAGUUCUACUGCAAGGCCGACUUCGCAGGCACCCCCGAGGAGUGCGAGGUCAGAAACGAUCAAGGCAUAGCCAUCGGCAAAGGUGUGGGAAUAAGGAACACAAAAUUCAUUGGCAUCGCCAUUGGUACAGAUGCUUCCUGUGCCAUCGAAUUUGAUUCUGACAGUGCUGGCUGCCCUGUCAGUGAGGGCGAGGGCCCUUUUAAGGUUGUCUAG